AUGCGAAGCACCCUCAAGACAGUUUACACUGCUGUCAAGCUCAUUUCUGGUCGCCCUGCUGAUCUCAGAAAGUUCUUUUUUCCGACCGCCGGUAGAGGAAAGACUGUCUGGCCCAAGACGCCUGCAGAUCUUCUUCGAUAUGGCGUGCGGUGGGACUAUGACGGUGUUGUCACAAAGGAAGAUGGAAAAGAGUACCACAAAUACCAGCUGCAGCCGAAUGCCGGCAAAAUCCCAUCCUCAAUCAAGCAAUGGCGUGACAAGAACGGCGGGACUCACGCUGUAAUGACGACAUUAUAUAUUCCUAAGGGGGUUGAACCGGAAGCGACAAUCUUUGAGGAUGCAAUGGCAGAAGCAAUUGAGACUAUUCCCUGA